CUACGUAAUUUUUCCUUUCUUUUUUCUUAAGGUUGCUCUAGAUAAAUAAGAUAUCCCUAUUUGCACGCGGGAGUAAAUGGAUACAGGACUAUCGCGGGAGUAAGAAAUCUUUUGCAAAAAUCUAAAACUUAAAAAAAUGAGGGGUAAUGAAACGUGUUUAAAGCAAGGAUAUGGCGGGACGACAUUUUAGAAAAUCUCUCUCUCUCUCGCUCUCUCUAACCCUAAUCAAUCUCUCUCGCUAUCGAUCACCAAUUGCGGCUGAAGUUUUUUCUGUGAUAUUGUUGUUAUUUGCUGUUAAUUCUUGCACAUAUAGUUUGUUUUGCCCAUUUUUCUAUGUUUUGCAGGUAUUUUUCUUCCUUUUUUCUUUGAAUAAUGCAUGCAGGUUCUCUCGCUUCCUCUGCUUCAAUGGAGGAGCAACAGAUGCGUCGCCUUCUUCGAGUGCGUAGGUUUCCAAGAACACCUUCAUGUCAAAACUUCUUCCUUGGCUGCAACACUUCGAGAAAACAACGAGGAAGAUUUAUCAAUUUUUGCUGUACAACACAUGUUUGGAUAUGUCCCCCAAACACCCUUGGAAAAUGGCUGUAGACUACAUGGCUUAUGAUGUAGAAAUUGCAGAGCCCCCUAGAAUCACAAGCUUAAAUAAUGUGGAAUCUAUUCCUACCAUGUCAUAUUAUGGGGAAGAUGAACAAUUUGUUGCUGAUGAACAUCGAUACAAGUAUGUUGUCCAUAGAUUAGCAGGGGAAUUCUUAGAAACAAAUACUGGGAAUUUCCUGAUAAACGCCUCCAUUUAGGGAAGGUUGUUCAUGAAAUCUAAUAUGGAGAAAAUGGUGUGACUAUCUUGGUUGAAGAUGGCAGUGUUUAUAAUGCAGAUCAUGCCAUUUUAUUUUUA